GUGCCUACCCUAGUCCUGACAGCAUUGCUCAAUCCAGGAGCACAGUUCCUGUGGGCUGAGCCUGACUGGCUUGGUCAUCUCUUUUCUGCACUUCAAGGGAAAGGCAAGAUCUUGCACAAGAGACCCCUUGCGUCUGUCUCCUCCGGCUGGCCGAGGAAGGGUGCCAUGGGAUCUCUCCACCUGUUUCUCCUGCUGCUGGUCACAGAGCUGUCCCAAGCCCUCAACACCACGGUGCUGCAGGGUGUGACCGGAGAGUCCCUGAAGGUGUCAUGCACUUACGACGCUGUGAAACACUGGGGUCGACGCAAGGCCUGGUGUCGUCAGCUGAGUGAAGACGGCCCGUGCCAGCGUGUGGUGAGCACACAUGGUGUGUGGCUGCUGGCCUUCCUGAGGAAGCGGAACGGGAGCACAGUCAUCGCCGAUGACACCUUUGCUGGAACCGUCACCAUCACUCUGAGGAACCUCCAAGCCGAUGACGCGGGCCUCUACCAGUGUCAGAGCCUGCGAGGCCGAGAGGCUGAGGUCCUGCAGAGGGUUCUGGUGGAGGUGCUGAAGGACCCUCUAGAAGACCAAGAUGCUGGAGAUCUCUGGGUUCCGGAGGAGUCAGGAAGUUUUGAGGAUGCCCAAGUGGAACACAGCACCUCCAGGCAGGUUUCACCCUGUGGGUCACCUCUAGCCUACCAUCUUCCUCCUCUUUCCAAGGAGCCAAUCAGGAGAGACUUCCUUCCCACCCACUUCCGUUCUUCUCCUCCUGGCCUGUAUCCUCCUGAGCAAGCUCCUUACAGCCAGCAUCCUCUGGGCUGUAGCCAGGAGCAAGCAGAAGCAAGAGACACCUGUGGUCAGUGGGCUGGACUGUGGCCAAGAUGCUGGGCACCAACUUCAGAUCCUCACUGGACCCAGAGAUACGUGAGAGAAUUCCAAGUGGGAGGAGAAUGACAGCUUGUCUAGCCGGGGGCCAAUCCAGCCUGCAUACUCUUCCUCUGCCACCAAGACUUCUGUUUCUGCUUCUUUGCUUCAGAGGCCACCUCUGCCUAAAGCCCGCCUAUCCCAGGAGCAGGAAUACUGGUGUGCACAUCUUUGUUGAGUGAGGAAAACAGCUGGAUGGAUGGUUGUCUGUCAACUUCUAUGCUUUGGACAUUAAACACUCUCACACACUAA